CCAAAAGCUGGUUUCGAGCCAGACACAGCCUCACUCAGAGAGAAAGUUAUACUCAAUCCGGGUGAAAAAUGGCGUAUAUUGAAAAAUAUUAGCAUAAUUUCGUUUGCUUUUAUGGUACAAUUUACAGCGUUUCAGGGUACGGCAAAUUUACAGUCCUCAAUUAAUGCAGAAGAUGGUCUGGGUACCGUGUCACUCAGUGCCAUUUAUGCGGCUCUAGUUGUUUCCUGUAUAUUCCUGCCUACUUUAAUUAUUCGUAAAUUGACCGUUAAAUGGACCUUGGUAUUCAGUAUGUUGUGCUAUGCCCCCUACAUUGCCUUCCAAUUGUUCCCUAAAUUUUAUACAUUGGUUCCUGCUGGUAUUCUAGUCGGUUUGGGUGCUGCUCCUAUGUGGGCGUCCAAAGCUACAUAUUUGACUCAAGUCGGUCAAGUUUAUGCCAAAAUUACAGAACAGGCUGUGGAUGCUAUUAUUGUAAGAUUCUUUGGCUUCUUCUUUUUGGCCUGGCAAACAGCUGAAUUGUGGGGAAAUCUUAUCUCCAGUCUUGUGCUCUCUAGUGGUGCUCAUGGUAGCGGUGGCGGUGAUGCCAACAGCACUAUUUCCGAAGAAGAUCUCAAAUACUGUGGUGCCAAUUUCUGCGUGAACGGUGCCAGCGGUCACACCAACUUGGAACGUCCUCCAGAUCAUGAAAUCUUCGAAAUCUCCAUGAUCUACUUGUCUUGUAUCAUUGCUGCUGUGGCCAUUAUUGCCUUUUUCUUGGAUCCCCUCAAGCGUUAUGGUGAAAAACGUAAAGGCUCUCAAUCGGCUCAGGAAUUAUCCGGCAUGGAAUUGUUGUCGGCCACUUUCCGUCAAAUGAAGAAACCCAAUCAACAAUUGCUCAUACCCAUCACUGUAUUCAUUGGCAUGGAACAGGCUUUCAUUGGUGCUGACUUUACACAGGCCUAUGUAUCCUGUGCCUUGGGUAUCCAUCAAAUUGGUUUCGUUAUGAUUUGCUUUGGUGUCGUCAAUGCCAUCUGUUCGAUUUUGUUCGGUUCAGUGAUGAAAUACAUUGGUCGUACUCCCAUCAUUGUUUUGGGUGCUGUUGUGCAUUUCACCUUGAUCACCGUAGAAUUGUUCUGGCGUCCUAGUCCCGACAAUCCUUUGAUCUUCUAUGCCAUGUCCGGUCUCUGGGGUGUAGGUGAUGCUGUUUGGCAGACACAAAUUAACGGUUUAUAUGGUCUGUUGUUCAGACGUAACAAGGAAGCUGCCUUCUCCAAUUAUCGUCUCUGGGAAUCGGCUGGCUUUGUGAUCGCUUAUGCUUAUGCCACCACCUUGUGUGCACGCAUGAAGCUUUACAUUCUAUUGGCUGUAUUGACUUUGGGUUGCAUUGGCUAUGUCAUUGUAGAAAUUCUCUACAGAAAGAAGCAACGUAAAAUCAAGAAGCAAGAAAAGGCUGAAUUGGCUGAAAAAGAGAAAGAAGCUGCUGCUGCUAAAGCUGCUGCCGAGGCUAAUGUCAAUGGCACUCCAGAAGUUGAAGAAACCGAUGACGAAUUGGAUGAUCUCGAAGAAGAUAUUGUAGUCACACAUUUCUAAACAAAAAAUAACAUUUCAUUAAAACACAACCACACAAACAAACUAACAAUUUUAUUGUUGAAAAAAAGCUGUUUAAAGCUUUUGUUAUAACAAACUACCACUUAUAACUUAGUAACAACAUAAAAGCUUUCCUAGGCUUUAAGCUUAGUUAUUACUAAAGUUGUAUUUAGAAAAUUUUCAUUAAAAUUUUUGUUUUCUCAUAAAAAUCUAAUGAAAAUUUCCAAAAAAAAAAGAAAAAAGAAAAGUUUCGAAAAUUGUAUAUAAACUAAAAAAACUCUGUAAGAAAACAGAAACUUUUGUUAAAUAUUACUUAAGAACUAACACGAAAAAGAAAGAAAAAACAUGUGAAAGUGUACAAUGGUCUGUCCAUGGGGAAACAAAAAAAACAAAUAUUUCCAAAUGUCUCCAGAAACCACAAGCACAAAAAUUAUGUAAAUGUAGUGAAAAUAGUAAAAAAUUCAUGGAAAUAUAAUUCUCUUUUUUUUCCAAAACUAUCACAACACUCCACCUCUCUCGCACUAUCUCUCUAAUACACUUUCAUUAAGCUCAAACUAUGAAAUGUUUUAGUUUUCUCUUAAAUAUCAUCAUUAUAUGCUCAGUAUUAUGUUAAGUUUUAAGAAAAUUUUAUUUUUUUUUAAAUAUUUCUUUUACUUAUUUCUUUGCUUUCGUUCAUUAUUACAUUUCAUAUUCUAUUCUCUAAUUAUUUUAUUUUUAUUUGUCUAUUUUACUGUUUUUACUACACUUCGACUCUACUUUUUAAAAAAAUCAUUAGUUUAAUUAUUCAUUUUAUUUUAUUUUUAAAAUUGUUCUAUUUUAUUUCGCGUUUUUUUUUUUGUUUUUUCUUAGAAAAAAAGCUCUUUUUUUUCUUAAAGCUUUUAAUUUUUAUUUGUUUUAUCUAUUUGAAAUCGUUUUUGAAUAGUAGUUUAUUUAAGUAGUUAUAUUAAUUUAAACAAAUUUUAUUUUCAAAUUUAUUGAAAUUGUGUUUUUUGGUUGUGAUCGAUCAUUUUAAUAAUUUUAAUUGCAAAAAUUUGCAAAAAACAUAAUUUUAUUAAUUGAAAAACAAAAUAUUGUAAAAUAAAACAAAAAAAUUUAAAAAAAAAAAAAAAUUA